AUGAGUGACAAAAUAAGGACUAGUGUUUACAAUCCUCUGGAUCAUUCUCAAAUCGCUUUCAUACCUACUGGCUUUGGUUCAGAUAGUGAAUCCUAUGAUGAUUCCAUGACAGUUGGAAAUGAUACGCUGGAAUCACAGCUACUUUAUCAUUAUAGCAAUUCUGUGGAUUUAAGUAAGACGCCGGCUUACUCUAGCUCUACUCAUUCAUUGAGUUCCACCAGAUCAUCAUCUUCUGAAGAUGCCAUAGAAAUUAUGUCUCAGACUUCCAAUGCUCAAUCUCUAUCUUCUAAUGUGGUAGAAGGAAUCAGAUAUAAGAUUGUAUUGAAGUUGACAACGAGAGAAAUCAAACUGAUAAGAGACUCCUGGAAUCUCAUGUUAUCUGAUGAAAAAUCAAAUGAAACCAAAUCAUCUUCUUUUUUCAAAAGAGUGUUCAAGACUAGCAGAUCUUCGUCUGUAUCACAACCUGAAUCUUCUAGUGUCUUCGAAACGGGAAGCAAAAUGAAAUUAAAAAGAAUAACAACCGGGACAAGCACUAAUAGUAAUACGACAACUUCCAAGCCCCAAACAAUAACAACAGCAACAAUAUCAAACUCAAUGUCAAGUUCUUUAUUUUGUGCUCAGUUUUAUUCCAAUUUUUUAUCUAUGGAUCCUGACCUGGAAAAGGCUUUCCCUUCAUUGAAACACCAAGACACUGCCUUCGCAGGAGUACUAACAAUGGCUAUCAAUAACCUCGAGGAUUUAACUGCUAUGGAAGCUUAUCUGAAUAACUUGGGGAAAAGACAUGCUAGAGUUUUGGGAAUUCACCCUCCUCAGUUCGAACUGAUGGGGGUUGCACUUCUGCGAACUAUUAGAGACAGGUUUGGUGUAUACUGCACAUUUGAAUUAGAAGAAACCUGGGCUAGAUUAUAUUCGUACUUGGCAAACAGCAUUUUACAAUUUGGAAUUGAUCCGAUUCUAAAAGUCGAUUAUGUUGAAAGUGAGUUGCAUUUACCUGUCCCUAAUUUGAUAGAAAACACACCAACAACAAAGAUUCCUAUAAAUGAACCAUUAGAAUCUCAGACACCGCAGGUACUGCAAACAGUUUCUUCCCACAAUCCUAAGAAAAACAACAAUAAUGUCAACCAGCACUUGCAAGCACCGACGUUAAGCACUAACAAAAACACCCCAAUGAAAUCUUCUACUGCUAACAUCAACGAUAGAAGCUUUUUCUCUAAUAAACUCAAAGGCAGGAAUAAGGGCAAGUCAACUACACUGUCAGGACCUGCUGGAUCAGAAGACUGCAUAAUUAUGUAG